UAAUUAAAAGAUUCUUAGAAGCAAGUGGUGGAGUUGGCCAAGUCUUGAAGUAUAAUCAUCUAUCUCAUCGUGCAUGCAUUUUAGUGUUUCCUUCUUACUCUUUUUCAUUCUGCAUGCACACGCCUUAUCUCUAUGUUCCACACCCUCUCUUUCUUUCUUCCAACUUUCUCUCCGGUCACCGUCGAACCAAUCCCUCCUUAACCACUUCUCCUCCGGUCAGAUUCCAACGAACUUCCGAUCAAACAUUCGCCUUUCUAUUCCGCCGCCACACAAAUGAAAAUCCUAAACAAGAGCCACACGCGCGGCGUCGACUUAUUUCCCUAACCGCCAGCGAACGGGACUUUCCUUGCAUACUUCCGGCGCCGCGAGCAAGUGAAACUUGUGGAAUUGAAGUUGAAAAUGGAGUCAAAGUGCUGCAUGAACGGUUUGUGUGCUACCUCCACGUCGAUUCGGUGGCGUAAAGGUUGGAUACUUCGAUCCGGUGAAUUCGCCGAUCUAUGUGAUAAGUGCGGUUUUGCUUAUGAGAAAUCAGAGUUUUGUGAUAUGUUCCAUGCAAAAGAUUCUGGUUGGAGAGAGUGCACUUCAUGUGGCAAGCGUCUCCACUGUGGAUGCGUUGCUUCAAGGUCUCAGCUUGAAAUACUUGAUACUAGUGGUGUAAGCUGUAUAACCUGUGCAAGUAAUUUAGGACUUCAACCUAUUGCUAGUAAUGAAAAGCCUAAUGAAUCUGGAACAGCAAAGGUAAAACAUGUCACUUCUCAGCAGUGCAUAUCUAUGGCUGACCAAUUAAAUGGGAAGGAUAUGCAAGUUGGGAAUUAUGCAGAAAAUGAUGGUCUGAGGUGCUGGCUCAAACCUCACAAUAUUGAUAUGGAUGGACCUUCUACAGAAAUCAAACCAGAAGUUUUACAUUCUUUUGGAGAAUUCGGUAACACUUCGAUAUCUCAAUUUCAUGUCGAGUCAAAUGGAUCAUCUAAGACUGCCAAAGUAGAGAAUUAUAAGGCAGACAACAUGCAAGAUAUAUAUGAAUCACUAGCACAGACAAAUUUGAGUAUGACCCUUGCUGCCCCUUCGGUAAAUUUGAAUCCCUUUCAAAAUGCCCUUGUUGAUGAAAGGGAACAAAGAAAAAUGUCACCUCCACUUCUAUUGGCGUCUAGAUCUCGCCAUCUUUUACCUAAACCCCCUAGGCCAACUCUCUCUCCAGGCUUAGAAGGUAAUGCAGGCACGGUGUCCCAGAUUCGUAUAGCAAGGCCUCCCGCUGAAGGACGAGGCAGGAAUCAGUUGCUUCCACGAUAUUGGCCUAGAAUUACAGAUCAAGAGUUGCAGCAAAUAUCGGGAGAUCCAAAUUCUACCAUUGUGCCACUCUUUGAAAAGAUGCUUAGCGCAAGUGAUGCUGGUCGAAUUGGUCGCUUGGUUCUACCAAAAGCAUGUGCUGAAGCAUAUUUUCCUCCUAUAUCUCAACCUGAGGGCCUUCCUCUACGAAUCCAAGAUGUGAAAGGAAAAGAAUGGAUGUUUCAAUUUAGAUUUUGGCCAAAUAACAACAGUAGGAUGUAUGUUUUAGAAGGUGUAACCCCCUGCAUUCAGUCUAUGCAACUGCAAGCUGGUGAUACUGUAACAUUUAGCCGAAUGGACCCUGAGGGGAAACUUAUAAUGGGGUUCAGGAAGGCAACAAAUUCUGCUUCAUUACAGGAAACUUUUCCGUCUAAUAUGCCCAAUGGUUCUCAUUCAAGUGAAACAUCCUAUUCUGGUGUUUAUGAGAAUAUACCUAUAUUAAGUGGUUACCGUGGCCUUCUUCAGUCUCAAAAGGGUUGCUCAGAAACCCACUUAAAUGCGCUGUCUAAAAAGUGGAACUCAGUUGGCGGUGACAUGGAUUGGCAUAAUGUAGAAACACCCGAAAGCAGGAAAAGAGAUGCGUUGUCUUUGCCACCCGUGCUAGUUCCCGAGAAGAAAAGAACCAGGAAUAUUGGGUCAAAAAGUAAGAGGUUGCUUAUUGAUAGCCAGGAUGCACUGGAGCUGCAACUUACUUGGGAAGAGGCUCAGGAUUUACUUCGUCCACCACCAGAAGUUAAGCCAAGUGUUGUCAUGAUUGAGGAUCACAUAUUUGAAGAAUAUGAAGAGCCUCCUGUCUUUGGAAAAAAGAGUAUAUUUGUGGUACGAUCUAAUGGGAUAAAUGAGCAGUGGGCACAAUGUGAUAGUUGCUUAAAAUGGAGGAAGUUACCAGUUGAUGUACUUAUUCCCUCUAAGUGGACUUGUAUGGAGAAUUUUUGGGAUCAAAGCAGCAGGUGUUCAUGCGCUGCUCCCAAUGAAUUGAACCCAAGGGAACUGGAUAAUCUUUUGAGAAUGAACAAGGAAUUCAAGAAACAAAGACUUGCAGCGGCAAGCCAGAGGCCAGCUCUGGAACGUGAAGGUCUUGAUGCUUUGGCCAAUGCUGCAGUACUUGGAGAUGAUACUAGUGACUCUGGCAGGACACCAGUCGUGACCACUACAAAACACCCUCGUCAUAGACCUGGGUGCUCCUGUAUUGUCUGUAUCCAGCCACCAAGUGGGAAGGGCAAACACAAACCUUCAUGCACCUGUAACGUGUGCUUGACAGUUAAACGUCGGUUUAAAACCCUGAUGAUGCGAAAGAAGAAACGUCAAUCUGAGCGCGAAGCUGAGAUUGCUCAGAAAAAUCAGCUAUCAUGGAGGACCAAUGAUGAAUCAGAAGUAGAUAGCACCACUCGACAUUUAACUCCAGUUGAUGGUUCGGAGAAUGAAGCAAGGGUGCCAAAUGAGUUAAGCUCAAGGAGUCAAGACCAAGUGGCCGAAGCUGCCAAGGGACAAUUAGACUUGAACUCCCGACCGGACCGGGAAGACAUGCAAGCUGGACCAGACACUCUAAGCAUGAUGACUCUUCUUGAAGAAGCGAAUCUCCCAUUGGAGACAUACCUGAAGCAAAAUGGUCUCUCUAGCUUGAUAUCAGAGCAGCAAACAAACUCAGCUUCAAAUGUGCAGCCACAGACAACCACUGAGAGUGAGGGAAGACAAAAUGAAGAUUGCUGUACUGCUUCUGCAGUUCAUGAACAGGUAGGCAGUCCUGAAGAAAACAGUGAGCAAGACAGAGACCAAAACAAGUCAGUUUCAUGAAGUCUUGCCGCCUUCAUUUUCUUUUUCCCCUUUCCUUUACUCUGAAGUCCAUUAUACAAGAACUCUCGUGAAGGCUAUAAAAGUACAAGAGGUUUGAUAGGGAUGUCUAUGUUUUUUUUUUCUGUCCUAACUGUGAAAUUUCCCACUAUACAUAUAAGAAGCUAAAAAUGCUGAAGUUUAUAUUUUAGGUUGUACACCAGUGUGAGGCAAGGAGUUGAAGUACAGAAUCUUCUUGCCACGGUAAUACAUUAAUACAUCUGAUAGUAUUUGUUUAUUAUGUUUGUUGAGUUCAAAGAAACGAUUUUACAGAUUUAAAAAAGCCUUGUUUGUCAUC